AUGAGAAGACGUUUCACAAGUCAAAAGAACACUAACGCAAAAGCAGAGAUUACGGUUGGUUAUAACGUAAAUGAUGAUAAAUCACGAAUUAUUCAAAAUGUUAAAGUUAAUGUUAGCCCUGAAUUAACAAGGUCAGCAACUCAACCAAAUUUAUUAACUCGUGACUUACCGAAGAAUGAGGAGAAUGAAGAAAACCAUGAGAAUGGAGACCCAAUCAUUUUAUCUGAACCCGGUAAAGAACCCGUUGAAAUCCCCACUUAUCCAACAUACCCCCCACCUCUUUCAUCAAACAUCGAGAACCCAGGAAUAUACGAUUCCAGUCGCAAUGCGCCAUAUAAAAUAGACAUUAAUUCUGAAUUAAUGAAAAUUUACCGUGAUAUAAUAACUGAUAAUUAUGAUUCAAUAAUAAAUUUAAUUGAUCAAUCCGGUUUAAUUAUUUUACCUUAUGAAUCAUUAAUUCACAUUAUCGCCAUUCUUUGUGAUGUUCAAGAUUCAGACGUUAAGAUUCAAUUUUUCAUAGAUGAUGAGGUUUCAUGCUGCGGAACAGUUGCAAAAAUAAAUCCUAUAAAGGAUAUUAGCACAAUUAAGAUAUCAAAGAAUGGAACAACAACUGAACUUCAUUUAACAUAUAAUGAUAUUUAUAAUAAAAUAGUUGAUGAAUAUAAAAUAUCACUUGAAAAAUUCUUUGUUAAGGCUAUUUAA